AUUUUAUUUAUUUUUAACUCUAACAAAAUAUUUUUCUUAUUUAUUUUAUUUUUUAGAACUUUAAUUUCUAUUUCCUCCAAUUCAUGAUUUGGAUGUUGAAUUGGUCUAGAAAUUAAUUUACUAAGAUUUAUCCCCUUAAUUUCUAAUUCUAAUAAUAUAUUAUCCUCUGAAGCCUCCUUAAAAUAUUUUUUAAUUCAAUCUAUUGCCUCUAUUAAUUUUUUAUUUUCAAUUUUAUUAAAAAUAAUUUUUUUAAAAAAUUUUGAUUUUAAUAAUAUUAUUUCUAUUAUAAUUAAUUCUUCCUUAUUAAUAAAAAUAGGUUCUGUACCCUUUCAUUUUUGAUUCCCUAAUAUUAUAGAAGGUAUAUCUUGAUUUAAUAAUUUUAUUUUAAUAACAUGACAAAAAAUUACCCCCAUAAUUUUACUAUCAUAUUAUUUUAAUAAAAAUUUUAUUAUUAUCAUUAUUAUAUUAAAUUCUAUUAUUGGAGCUAUUGGAGGUUUAAAUCAAACUUCUUUACGUAAAUUAAUAACUUUUUCAUCUAUUAAUAAUUUAAGUUGAAUAUUAAUAUCAAUUAUAAUUAGUGAAAAUUUAUGAAUUUUUUAUUUAUUUAUUUAUACUUUUAUUAUUAGAAUAAUAUGUUUUUUUUUUCAUAUAUUAAAUUUAUUUUAUAUUAAUCAAUUAUUUUUUUUCAAUAUAAAUUAUAUUCUUAAAAUCUUUUUUUUUAUAAAUUUUUUAUCUUUAGGUGGACUACCCCCUUUUAUUGGAUUUUUUCCUAAAUGAAUUGUUAUUAAUUUUUUAUUAAUAAAUAAUUAUUUUUUUUUAACCUUUAUUCUUAUUAUAAUAAGUUUAAUUUUAUUAUUUUUUUAUAUUCGAAUCACUUAUUCAUCUUUUAUAUUUAAUUAUAUAAAACUUAAAUGAAUAAAUUUUUUUUUUAAAAAUAAUUUUUUAUAUUUAAUUAAUUUUUUAUCUUUUUUUUCUUUAAUAGGAAUAAUUAUUAGAACUUUAAUUUUUAUAUAA